UAGUAAUUUUAUACCUAAGUAAAGCAUCUGAGCCUUAGCAAGUGAAAUAUGCGCUAGGGGGUGCAUUCGCCACGGAAGAAAGGCACACGGGCAAACACGGGGAACUUUUCAACACGUGACAGAGGUGCACCAUCCUUCUCCCCGUACAAUAGGGAAAAAGAAAUUGACAACUUAAGUCCUUGAAUCACAGCGUAUUAACUAUAGACACCCGCCAAAAAGUCAGGGUGGAGCAACACCUGAGCUGGAAACACCUUUUUUAUCAGAGAAGACGAACGUGUUCGGUAGAGCUCACGCGUUUUCAUGCAACUGGCUGUGUAAGGCAGUCAAGGGAACUCUCAAUCAAUCCACCCCGGUCGAUAAAGCUGGGUGGUCAAAGCGCCCGUGGUGCUCGCCAUUUGUCUCGAGGCCACACUACAACGUGCCCAACGACGGCAUCGCCUCUUAAGGAUGUCCUGGAGACGGCUAACGUGUACAUCAGCCUCCUUGAAGUCCUGGGAAACCUGGAAGUUCUGGAGGUCCUACAACAAGUGGAGCUGGCGGAGCUGGAUAUUUUACUCGCUGGCGGCGGCGCAACUGCCAACGCUGGGAGUUUUGCUCCUUGCAAGCAUUGUGCCUUGGUGUGGACAUGCGCGGACGACCUUCGUGGAGGAAAUGCGCACUGCCGUGCGCAGGUUCAAGAUCUUCCUGUCACUGUUUAUACUGGUGACGUCGCUCUGGAGUCGCCGCGAGAUGCACACCGUGUUGUGUGGCCUGCAGUACUGCGUGAAGCACUCGAUGUUCUCCGGAGGGCCGUCAUUGCGCUACUUGCGCAGGGUCCUGGUCGCCAUCGUCGGCCUGGCCGUCAUUGUUCUGUUUGCAUCAGUCCCUAUAUUCUUCUACUUUUUAGGGCUCCUCGAGGUACACAGUCGUUCCAGCCAAAGGUCGGUCUUCUGCUAACCGUUAAAAUUACCCCUUCCACCUUGAAAGUCCACC